AUGGCUUCAUGCAGCAGCAUGCACAAAUGGGAGAAGCUAUCGCCGAGCGAAUUCCAACAGCUCCAGGACCUCGCCUCGUAUUCGACAAAGAAGCUGCAAACCGUUCUGCAGGAGUUUUGUUCGCCCGCCACACCGUCCGCCUCGCGGUUCCACCCGGAUGGGGACAUCGACUUCGAGGGGUUCCGCCGGUUCCUCGACUCGUUUCUGGACUGCGAAACUCCGGAAGAGCUCUCGAAGCACCUGUUCAUAUCAUUCCUGAAGCCGGCCAUCUACCAGGCGCAGCAACAGCAGCACAGCCAUGGGAAGGCCCUCUGUCAGAUGGCGGCCAUCAGCAGCAACGCGGCCUGCGCCCCGGUGACGUCCCACAACCGAGGCUCCAUCCCGAACCUGAACAGCAUCGUGGACAUCCCGACGCCGCAGCCGUCGCAGGAAUCGCAGCGGAACAGCUUCGUCGAGCGGAUACAGGGCCUCACCGAUAAGCUGCAAUCGCUCGGGCACCUCGGCCACGAGCCCAGCGACGGUGGCAAGGGCAAAAGUGGCAGCGUGCACCCGAUGCUGACGGUGACGCCGAGCCCGAUGGGCUGUGCGCCCCCCAUCCUGCAGCCCCCGUUCCGCCGUUCGGCCGACUCCAGCCCGAGUCACUCGCACUCGCACAGCCACUCGCAGAUCUCCCGCAACUCGUCGCGCAAGAGCAACAACUCGGUCAACUGUCGGAUCGAAGAUAUUCGGCUGAUUCCGAGAAAGCAAUCGUUUCUGGAUCCACUGCUGCUGAAGGUGCCGCUCAAGGACGUCGUUUGCUACCUCUCGCUGCUGGAGGCGGGCCGCCCGGAGGACAAGCUGGAAUUUAUGUUCCGGCUGUACGACACCGACAGCAACGGAGUGCUCGAUACGACCGAAACGGACGCCAUCGUCAGCCAGAUGAUGUCGGUCGCCGAGUACCUCGGCUGGGACGUGUCCGAGCUGCGGCCGAUCCUCCAGGACAUGAUGACCGAGAUUGACUACGACGGCGACGGGUGCGUUUCGCUGGACGAGUGGCAACGGGGCGGCCUGACAACGAUCCCGCUGCUGGUGCUCCUCGGAGUCGACAACACGCUGAAGGAGGACGGAUACCACGUGUGGCGAUUGAAACACUUCAGCAAACCUGCCUACUGCAAUAUGUGCCUCAACAUGCUGGUCGGCCUCGGCAAGAAGGGUCUCUGCUGUGUGCUCUGUAAGUACACCGUGCACGAGCGCUGCGUACAGCGGGCCCCGGCGUCCUGCAUCGCGACCUACGUCAAGUCGAAGAAAUCGAAGGCCACCUCCACGUUCCAGCACCACUGGGUCGAGGGCAACUGCUACGGGCGCUGCUCCAAGUGCCGCAAGCGGAUCAAGGCGUACAACGGCAUCACCGGACUGACCUGCCGCUGGUGUCGCAUAAUGCUGCACAACAAGUGCGCUACGCUCGUGAAAGCCGAAUGUACGCUGGGGGAGUUCGCGAACCUGGUCCUACCGCCGACCGCCAUCUGCCCGGCGGUGCUCGAUCGGCAGAAAUCCAUCAACGUCACCAGCAACAAGGGCAAGAGCGCACCCUCGACGAUACACUUCCAGAUCAGCAGCGAUCCCGGCUGGUGCCCGCUGCUGGUGUUCAUCAACCCGAAGAGUGGCGGCCGCCAGGGUGACCGCAUCCUGCGCAAGUUCCAGUACCUGCUGAACCCGCGCCAGGUGUACGAUCUGUCGAAGGGUGGCCCGCUGGAGGGUCUGACAAUGUUCAAGGACGUGCCGAACUUCCGGGUGAUCUGCUGCGGAGGCGACGGCACCGUCGGUUGGGUGCUGGAGGCGAUGGAUAGUAUUGAGCUGCAGUCACAGCCGUCGAUCGGCGUAAUCCCGCUUGGGACCGGCAACGAUCUGGCACGGUGCUUGCGGUGGGGCGGCGGCUAUGAGGGCGAGAGCAUCCCGAAGGUGCUGGACAAGAUUAACCGGGCGUCGGUCGUCAUGAUGGACCGGUGGAGCAUCGAGGUGAAGAACAGUCCGGUCGCGGCCCUGGAGACACCGACCCUGCCCGGCCACAAGGUACUGCUGCAGGUGACGCUGUCCGAGAACGUGCAGAAGGUGAUAGAGCUCUCGCAGAGGAUAAUUGUGGAAAAGUCUGUGAUCCAACCGACCAACGAGGAGGUUAAAAAUAGUACAAACGAACCGUCAGCCGGCGGCGGCGGGUCGCGGGUCGAGGGAAAGCCACCGGAGGUGUUCUCCUUUCGACCGCAACCGGACGGUUGCUGCGCCGAACCGCGGCGUCCUUCGGCCGGCUCCGACUGCUCCGACGAUGGUGGUGGGCGUCGAGCAACGUUCACACCACCACCGACGCCGGCUGACGAAUCGAUGCACAUCCGGCCGGCCGUGGCAGCACUCCACGCGACACCACGCGCUACCGAACCGGAAGGCGCAGGAGGGGGCUACAAAAGUUGUAUCACCAGCAAUGGUAGCGCCAGCGGCGUACCGAAUGGUGUCCCAGCACCACCACCACCGCAUUGCACCAGCGACAUCAGCAGCGACAGUAGCAACGCAGGCGACGGAGCGGGCAGCGCGGAGGACAGCGCCGACCAGCAACCGCAGCAGCAACCGCACCUCAACGGCUCAACGGACCGGGCGAGGUCGAAGGAGAAAAUUAUCGACCUACCAAAGUUGAUAAAGCCGCAGGUCGGGUCGGAAUUCACCGUGCCGUACAAUAUUGUCAAUAACUACUUCUCCGUGGGUGUGGAUGCCGCCAUCUGCGUAAAGUUUCAUCUGGAGCGCGAGAAAAAUCCUCACAAAUUCAACAGCCGUAUGAAGAACAAACUGUGGUACUUUGAGUACGCCACGUCCGAAACGUUCGCCGCGUCCUGCAAAAACCUGCACGAAAAUCUGGACAUUGUGUGUGACGGUGUGUCCCUCGAGCUCGCCAACGGACCCCAGCUGCAGGGUAUAGCGCUGCUGAACAUCCCCUACACGCACGGUGGCUCCAACCUGUGGGGCGAGCAUCUGUCCCAGAAGCGUAUGCGGAAGGGCCCGUUCCGGAAGAAGCUGAAAAGCUCGGACAAGGAGCUGUCGGCCAACAGUUUCAAUUCGGUCGAUUUGUCGAUCGCCAUCCAAGAUAUCGGAGAUCGAAAGAUAGAAGUCAUCGGUCUGGAAAACUGCCUCCACAUGGGCCAGGUGCGAACGGGCCUACGUGCGUCCGGCCGCCGUUUGGCACAGUGCAGCGACGUCGUCAUCACCACGAAGAAAACCUUUCCGAUGCAGAUCGACGGUGAACCGUGGAUGCAGGGACCGUGCACGAUCAAACUGACGCACAAAAACCAAGUGCCAAUGCUGAUGGCGCCCCGCUCCGAGAAGGGAGGUGGAUUCUUUAGCUUUCUGAAAAGAUGA